CCAUAACUGGCUUGGUGGUCUAGUAUUCCAGUUUGAGUUCCUCGUGGUAAUAUCCCUAUUUCCAGAGAUUUCCAACGACGGCACCUCUCUUCUUCGGUAAACCCCAAACAAACGGAUGCCUCCGAAGAGGCGCUCCACCGCCCGGAAACUAGUCCCGCCGCCAACAAAACCCUCCAGUGUGACCGAACCUGCCGGAGAAGCUCCUCUUGGCAGCGUCGUUUUAGGCUCCUCUUCGGAAUCCCUAAUCGCCGGAAAUCCGGAGCUUAAGAGAGAGAAAACUCCGCCACUUUCUCAAGCACAACAGCCGGAAACAGCCGUAAAACCUCAGGACGUCGUCGUUUCUGCUUCUGAGGAGCCUGUUAACGGAAAGGAUAAGGUUGUUAGUGAUAAUAAUCAGAGUAAUUCUAAUGAUGGUGUUGGUAAUGAGAAGGCGAAGAAGGUGGUGAAGAAAAAAGUUAAAGUUGUGAAGAAGGUGAUUAAGAGGGUUCCUAAAAAGGUUGUAAAACCUGAAAUUGAUUCUAAAAGUGAUCAACUUGAUCAGGUUGAUGGUAAUGUCCAUUCGAUUUCGAACCUUGAUUCGACGGUUUCGGGUGGCGUUGAAGAAGAGAAUUUGAAGCCUGCUAGUGCUCAAUUGAAGGCGGAGAAUCAUGAUUCCAUGUCAGGUGGUGUUACUUCCUCGAUUUCUGCUGGUGUUGUUGACGACAAGGAAUUGAAGCCUGCUAGUGCUAGUAUUAGUGAUUUGUUGAAGGCAGAAAUUCAUGAUUUGAUUUUGAACCGUAAUUCGACAGUUUCAGCUGGUGUUGAAGAUGAGGAAUCGAAGUCUGCUAGUAAUAAUGUUCAAUUGAAGGCGGAAAAUCAUGAUUUAGUAUGCAAGGAAGGGGAAGAGGAGAGCAAGGUGGAGGUUGAUAAGAAGGAUGAUGUAGAACAAGUUCAAGCUGAGAAUGCAGAAAUGAAAGAAAGGGAAUUGAUGGAAGUUGAUAAUGUUCCCAACAAUGUGGGCGGCGGGGAGGAGAGGGGUGGAGAAUGUGGAAAGGAAGGUGAGGGUUUGGGUGUUGGCGAGGGCGGGAAGGAAGAGGGGAUGGAAGGGGAGGAGGCGGCAGAUGGACGAGGACAGGAGGCGGGAGAGGGGAAGUUGUUUAGAGGGGAAUUGGAGGCUAUGGAGCGAAGGAAGAGGCGAAAGAAGGAGAUUUUUAUUGGCAGGUUGGAUAAGGAUAUCAAGGAGGAAGAUAUUAAGAAGGUUUUUGCAGAAGUUGGUAAGAUUGUGGACUUGAGGUUGAUUUUGAAUAGUAAGACUGGAAAGAAAUUUGCUUUUCUAAGGUAUGAAUCGGCAGAAGAGGCGAAAAGAGCACUAGAAAAGUUUGCCAAAGUUGAGAUUUGUGGCAAGGAGUGUGGUGCAACCCCUGUUGAGGGUAAUGAUACCAUUUUUCUUGGUAACAUCGACAAGAAAUGGAAGCAUGAGGAUAUUGUCAGAUUGUUAAACAAGAUUGGAAUUGGAAAAAUAGAUAAUGUCACAGUUAUGACUGAUCCAAAUAACAGCAAAUGCAAUCGUGGGUUUGCAUUUGUUGAAUUUGUAACCAUCAAUGAUGCUCAGCUUGCUUAUACAAAACUUCAAGAGAGAGAUGCUUUCGGAACCGGUCAGAAAGUGAACGUUGCUUGGGCUGAACCUUUGAAGGAGCUUGAUGAAGAAGAAAUGCUAAAGGUACAAACAGUGUUUGCAGAGUUCCUACCUUCAUCUUGGGAUGAAGGGAAACUGAGAGAUACUUUUAAGAAGUUUGGGGAGAUAGAUGAUAUUGUUCUUUCUCGGAAUUUACAAACAUCCAAGAGAAAGGACUUUGCGUUUAUUAGCUUUAAAACUCGGGAAGCUGCUGUCAAAUGCAUCGAAUCAUUUAGUCAUGCGAUAAGCGAUGAAGAUGGAACCAAGGUAAAUGUGAAAGUCUCCCUUGCUAAACCAAAGCCAAAGAGGAAAAACGUACCAGCUGCAAAACCUUUUGCCAUGAACGGUCCCCAAGCUAAGCCAAAAGCCAGUCACAGUAAAGUUAGGCCAAGUGAGCCAAGAAACUGGACACAGCCAAGUGUACCUCGUUACGGUAUGCAAAUUCCUGAGAAGUCUUCUACAAGCUGGACACAACCAAGUGUACCUCGUUAUGGUAUUCGAAUUCCGGAGAAGUCUUCUACAAACGUGGAAUUAGUACAUUUAUUGAGGGAGCAAGCUUCAUGGAGGUCGCAACAUGCGAGCCUAAGCAACAGUCCCAUGGAUAUUCGCUACUCUAACCCCUUAUCUGGAAGAAAACGUCAAUUUUCUGUCUUGGAAACUGAUCCACUGUAUGGAGACUCAAACAGAUACCCAGAUUACCCACAAUAUCGAUUGGAUGCUCCUUAUUCUGUUGCGAGCUCUAGUCACAAUAUCACUCCUCCUAGUGGUCUUUCAAACCCCAUAGCUUAUCAGCAGCAGCAUAGUGCGUACCCUUCUGGAUCACUUUAUGGAGCCAGAAAUUAUGCAAGCAAUGCUGAGAUCAGAGAUAAAGCGCAUGAAAGUAGUUUCCCUUAUCGGCGAUAUUGAGAGAUGGAGGACUGAUGAAGAGAAACACAAUUUUCCAGUGACGCAACAAGCUGGUAUGGAGUGGUACCAGAAAUGGCGAGCCACCAGUUGGUAUCAUUCUCAAGCGGUAACUUUAUUUAGUUUUUUCCUUGUGAUGUAAUUUCUCCAAACUAGGCUGUUAGAAACUUAGAGCUUGCCUUAGUUGAACAUCCACAGUUUUUUCAUAGUACACUGAUAUGAAACAAUUCAUCCUAGCUUGUCCUUAAGAUGUUAAAUUCACAUGUCUCAAACUUUCAUCCAAGAUAUUUUGAUGGUGUAAUUAUAAUUCAAGCA